CUGUCAAGUUUGGAGUAUUUCUACCAGGUCCACCGGUGUGCACAUCAGCACUUCUGUUAAACACUUGUCAAGUGUCUCACAGUUGGAGUAGUUUCACAGUUUCUAUUCGUGCAUUUUGUCAUUAACUCGGUGCAAACGAUGGCCCACUACGAAGAGGUGAAAGUGCGCGGAUAUGAUGAGUUCUGUCAGGCUGUGUCUGAAAGGAAAGGAAAGGAUAUUUUUGCUUAUUUCUCUGGUGAUAAAGACGCCCAAGGAAAGAGCUGGUGUCCAGACUGUGUCAAAGCCGAGCCAGUGGUUAGAGGAGAGUUGAGUCAUCUUCCUGAGGGCUCCGUCUUCAUCUACUGCCAAGUUGGAGAAAGGGCUUACUGGAAGGAUGCAAGUAACGACUUCAAGAAGACUCUGAAGUUGAGUGGAGUUCCAACUCUGCUGCGAUACGGCACGCCUCAGAAGUUGGUAGAGGAGGAAUGCUUCAAAGCGGAGCUGGUGAAGAUGAUGUUCACCGAGGACUGAAGGAUUCUGCACUGUCGGUUAUAAGCAUUUAAGAUUUCACAGCGAUCAUGUCCAUGUCACACUGUAAUUUUUUGCCGCCAAUGUAACGAGCAUCCUUUGUAAUAUUUACUGAAAUUCAUACUGGAAUAUGUGCAAAGACAAACAGAAUGGAUGUAACUCAUACUUAGUUUUCCUGUUCUGCCUGAUGUGCAAUCACUCAAUCCUGUUUUGUAAUUUCAGUUUAAUGUGUUUCUUAUUUUAAAACACUAGUUGAUUAUAAAAAUAUCUUCUUUUUUUUUUUUAAUUGUGUGAUUUUUUUUGCAUUGCAUUUAUACUCAAAUAAACCGACAUUUGAUGUUGAACAUUUGUGGCAGAAGAAAA